CAGUGAAGAGACUAAUGCUGGAUUUGAAACGCCUCUCUGAAGUGCAGAAACUGUGGACUGGUUUGUCCUGGGUCUGCAUUGCUGUGUCCUUCACUGACCUUUUGAUUGAUCACGCAGAUAAAGCUCUAUUAUCGAUUGGUUCCGUUGGUUUCCCAAAUUCACAGCAGUUUUGUGGGAUUCUGUGAUUUGCCUUAAAGGGGUUAUGUAUCUGACAUGUAUUUCUAAGCUUAACACCAUUUUUUAAGUGAGAAGGACAGAAAGAAAUGGUUGUGAAAAUCAAAAGAAAGCAUUCAUUUCUCUUAUCUAAGAAUUAUUUAGCUUGGAAAUCUUGUACAUUUCAUAUGAGUCUGAUGUGAACAGUGAUGCUUUCUCUUACGUGGGGCAAACUCUGUGUGGCUGUGAUUUAAAUCUGUUCCCCAACCAGUGAUGAAAAUCUCAGUGGAUUUAAAUGGUGUGAGAGAGCAAACUACUAAAAUAGCUUAAAAAAAAAGCUUAAUGUGUGCCUGCCUGAGAAAACCCUUCACACAGUAAAAUUUUGACACUUAGACAUUUUGACAUCAUUCUGAAAACUACAGAUUUUCGUAAACUAAACUUUUGAAUAUAUCUCAAUCACAAGUGAAGUUCUAGCAUUUUAAAAUCUGGUUACCCCCAAAGGGAGAAAAUUGCAUUUGAAGAUUUCAUUCCACACACAGAUUGUCUAAAAGCUCCAGCUUUGAAUGAGCAUUUAAUGUUUUAUAAAUAAGAUAACUGCUUAAUAAUAUGGCCAUGAAAACUAUGUCUACCAUCAUAUCAUUACCCGCCUUAAUUCAUAGCCUACAGACUGACAGAUUAUUCAGAACACCCACCCAUCCAGCAGUCAUUCCAUGUUAUAAUAACAAUUAUUCAUUCAUCAUUCAUCUUCAGUAAGCUUGUCAUCUUGAUUACAGUUGUGCUUGAUCCAGAGCCAAUCUGGAGAACAUUAUGCGUGAGGCAGAAAAACACCCUGGAUGGGACGCCAUUCCAUCAGAUGCACACUCAUUCACACUCAGGGUAAAUUAUCAUAGCCAGUCCACCUACGGGUAUGUUUUUGGGGGGUGAGAGGAAACCAGAAACCAGAGGAUAACAUUAACUGAUAAAGAGGUGUAAAUAUUUAAGACUCUGAUUAAAGUUUGUGGUGGAAGAGACUGUCAAAAAAACCUAACAAUGCUAAUAUCUGUGCUAAAUGUUUAGCAGCACAAUAAAUUCACAAAGCAAAGAUUUGCAGUCAGUGGUCAAAUUGUAAAAAGAUUCAAAUAAGAUUCAAAUAAGAAUGGGGAGGUGAGAUGUUGAUCAUAAUUAACCUGAUAAAUUUCAGCAUUAACAACUUUACCGUAGAACUAGCGCUAACAACACUUCUGGCAGCAAGAUCGCGCUAUGGUAGGCUAGCUAGCAAACCUGUUUGUGGAAACGCAGCUAGCAAUGUCACUUUUUAAUAUUAUUUUUCCCAUUUUUUAUUCAACAUAUUUAUUUUUUCUCAUCAUGUCAUUAAAUGGAUCUGGAAAUGCUCUAGAGCCCAUUUCACAAGAAGAAGCAGGUUAAGUUAAUCCCUAACUCUGGGGGGACAAAUAGCAUAGGAAAAACCCAUAUGAAUCAGUUUGUUAAUUAGCCGGCGUACUACUGUAAUACCCUAAUUCUGUGAUUUAGCAUAAUUAAAAUAUAAAUCCAUACGUAUAAAUCCAAAAUAAUUAAAUAUCAAUAAUAAACGUCAUAACUACUACAAUGACAUUAAUCCAAAAGGGAUAGCUAAGAUGCAAACAAAUAAAUAAAUAUCCCGCCUCAAAUCAAGCCUGGGUUACAGUAAACCUGGAUUACUAAGAAAGAACAAGGAUUUGCCAAAAAUAAAUGACCGGUCAGUGUGUUGUUUCCUGUGUUUGUUAGGAAAUUCAUAACAGUGCUUCUAUUGUGAACUGUGCAUAGUUUUGGAUGAACACUGCCAUAUGAACCCACUUCAGGUCAUGCCCAUAUCACUGCCUGUUUAUUGCAUUAAAACACAUUUGUUGCUUUGGUUUAGUUUUCUCCACUGGCCAGCCAAAAUAUCCAGAUGUCCAGUUUCGACAGCUGAAGACCUUUCCCUCACUGCCAUGCUGCUGGCUAGAGCUUUCAAGGGUUGAAACCAUGGAGCACCUGGUGAAGGAGCUAAAUGUGCUUCUGAAGCUACUGGAGCACGAACAUGUAAGUUCAGCCACCGCAGAGAAGAUGAGCGUUGUCAGGAACCUGUUAGGACAGUUAAAGCCAUCAGCAUAUGUUGAUAGAGUGACUGGGAGCGACUUCAUUUACAUGAACACCUCCCUCUACGGAAAUGGUACCAGCUUUGUCGAAUCACUGUUUGAAGAAUUUGACUGUGACCUGAAGGAGCUGAGAGAUUCCCCAGAGGACCUGAAAAAACAGGAAGAGGAAGAGACAUUGAAGCACUUACCCACAAAAUCAAGCCCCACUGACACACCCCCUCCACUGCCCACUACACCGCCUCCUGAGGAUUACUAUGAGGAAGCUGUUCCACUUGAGCCAGACACCACGCCUCAGUACAUCACCACUCACAGAAACCCCAGCCCAGUUGAGGACGAGGAUGCAUAUUAUGAAGAUGCUGAUAAGAACUAUCCAUUAACUCGCAUAAAUGGUCCUUCCUACAAUGACUCGGAUGCCCUGAGUAGCUCUUACGAGUCGUAUGAUGAAGAGGACGACGAGACGAAAAUCAGAGAGAGAACAAGUCCUGCAGGCCCGGUAAAAGACUGCCGCAAAUUUGCCUUCCUACUGCGUAAGAAACGCUUUGGCCAAUGGGCUAAACAGUUAACCGUCAUCCGCGAGAACAGACUACAGUGUUUCAAGAACCCGAAGGACCGAACACCACACACUGACCUGCCUCUGAAUCUGUGCAGUGUUGUCUAUGUGUGUAAAGAUGGGAGACGCAAGAGGCAUGAGCUUAAAUUCUCCAUUCCUGGAGGAGAAUCUUUGGUGUUAGCUGUACAGAGUAAGGAGCAAGCUGAGAGCUGGCUUAAGGCCAUUCAGGAAGUUAAUAAUGUGGCAAACAGCACCACUGGACUGGAGAUUUCCUCGUCCCCCAUGACUCAACGCAAGACAGAACUGGACAAGACGAUGCUUACUGAUAAACAUACCUCAGAUUCUGACAGUGUUGCCAAUGGAGACUGUUCACGGGAGAGUGGUGAAAAUGGGAAAGGGAAAAGGGGGGCUUUCUCGGAGCUGACCGGCUCCAUGAGUCGUGCUGCUGGCCGAAAAAUCAACCGGAUAAUUAGCUUUUCAAAGAAGAAGCCUCCUUUGCCUGGAGAUAACAGCAACCUGUCUCACACUGAUGACAACCCACGCUGUGGUUAUCUGAAUGUCCUGGUUAACCAGUGCUGGAAGGAACGUUGGUGUUGUGUGAGGAAAGGCACUCUGUAUUUCCAUAAAGACAGAGCGGACGUGCAGACUCACGUUAAAGCUCUGGUCCUUCAUGGGGUCGAGGUCUUACCUGGUUUGGGGCCCAAGCACCCGUUUGCUUUCCGUAUCAUGCGAGAUGGCAGUGAAGUAGCGGCUCUGGAGGCGAGCUGUUCGGAAGAGAUGGGCCGCUGGCUUGGUGUGCUUUUGGCGGAAGCAGGUUGUGCUACAACCCCAGAGGCUCUGCACUACGACUACGUGGACGUGGACAUGAUCAGCAGCAUCAAAUCAGCAGCUCGCCAUUCUUUCCUCUGGGCCACUUCCUCCAGCAGUGCUUCCACAGACUCUCGCACCUACGACGAGGUUCCUUAUGAGAGCGUGCUGGUAGAAGAGGCUCAGCCUAAAUCAGGAACUCAGGUGAAGCGCCGCUCUUCUUUCUCCAGCACUGAUAGAGUAAAGAACAACUCUGAAGUCACAGUGAAAAGACACGGCUCUUCUGUGAAUCAGUACUGUAAAUAUGGGAAGACGAGAGCAGAGGAGGAUGCGCGGCGAUAUCUGAACGAGAAAGAGCAGCUCGAGAAAGAGAAGGAAGAGAUCAGAAAAAAGCUGAUGUCGCUACGCAAAGAGAAAAGGGAGGUGAAAGAGCAGCUCAAGGACGCCACAGGUAAACAGCAGAAGGAUUUGGAAAAGCGUCUGGCUCAGCUUGAGGAGAGCUGCAGAGGGAAGGAGGCUGAGCGAGUGGAUCUGGAGCUUCGGCUCACUGAGGUGAAGGAGAAUCUGAAGAAGUCUAUGGCUAGUGGUGAGCUAGGGGCUCCUGCUGAGAACAAACCUGCAAACAAGGUUCAUAUCAGAAAAGUUGAAACUACUUAUACUGAGGCCUCUGUACCUGUGAACUGUGCCUCUGAGAUGCGUAAGCGUCCUCCCUCCAUCUGUACAUCCACCAGGGGAAACGUCAUGCAGAAAGCCAAGGAAUGGGAGUCAAAGAAGGGAACUUAAUACUGACUGGAUGUAAAGUCUGGAAGGACUGUUUGUGUUUUUUUGAAGAGACUUCAGUAAAGUGGACUAAGAAGAGUCAGUGGACCGGGGAUUCAGCAGCUGAUUAUGUUCAUUUUAACAUACGUACAUAUGCCUAAAAACUACUGAUCCAUCUGUGGUCAGAAGGUUUUCUAGUGCCCUUCUGUGUCAGUGUUUCUCUUAUCUCUCCAGCCUUAUGCUUCAAAGGGAACAUACUGGAUAACUGCUCGCUACCUUUCAGCCAUAUCGGCCACCUAAUUACCAAUUGCUAUACAAAUUGAACCAUCAAUACGGUGAGCUUAUUGUCUUAUCCAUUGUCCGAUGGCUCAAGAUGGCACUUAAGCAUUAGUCGCUGUGAUCUUAGGAAAACAUCAUCUGAGAAAGUAGAUAGUAAUAACACUCUCUUCUGAGCAGCGGCUAAAAACUCAUACUGUAAUUCAUACACACGUUACAAAGACAGAAAGCACAUGUGCUUAUAAUAAUAAUCAUUAAUUAUAUGGGCAUAUAAAUUGCACAAGAGGACUAGAAAAUAAGAGACCUUUUUGGAGAAAACAAAUCAAAGAUGCUGAAAUGUCUUUUGGAAAAAAAAAAAGAUUGUAUUUACAAAGUAUUGUAGGGCUAGAGCAAAAAAUAAGACAGAUAUUUUAG